GCCGCAACACCCUUCUCCUCAGCAAGCGCUAGGUGAUCUCCAAGCCCGUUUUUUUCGGGGCGGGCAGACAGCCGUUCGUGAUCAACUGGCCCUGCGAGCCACGGGCAUUUAGCUCUCUUGCUUUCCCACUCCCUUUCCAAACCCCAGAGCCUGAGCUUGUCAUUCUUCCCUAGACGCCACUCGGCAGUAAUUGAGCAGUUCUGACCUUUUCGAAAUACCCCCGCGACGACUACGCACACCGGCUUGGACCUUCCCGACUCGGCUGCUGCUGCCCCUCUGCAACGACCCUUGCCCCUCCGCCUACUGACGUACGGGCGGCUCGCGCGCACAUCCCACUAACAGAACCCCCCGCGAUCGGACCUGACUUUUUUUUCUUUGGUGGUCACGACAUCACACAACACAGGCAAGAUGCCGAUGCUCAAGGACCCCUCGACAAAAUACAAGCCGUUCAAGCCAUUGAACCUGCCCAAUCGCCAAUGGCCAUCCAAGACGAUUGAGAAGGCGCCCCGGUGGCUGGCCACGGAUCUCAGAGAUGGCAACCAGAGCUUAGUUGACCCCAUGAAUGGCGACGAGAAGUGGAGAUACUUCAAGAUGCUGGUCGAGCUCGGCUACAAGGAGAUCGAGGUCGCCUUCCCGUCCGCGUCCCAGACCGACUUUGACUUCACGCGGCGCAUCGUCGAGACUCCCGGCGUGGUCCCCGACGACGUCUGGUUGCAGGUCCUGGCCCCUUGCCGUGAGGACCUGAUCAAGCGCACGGUCGAGUCCCUCAAGGGAGCCAAGAAGGCCAUCCUGCACAUCUACCUCGCCACCAGCGAGUGCUUCCGCCGUAUCGUCUUCAACUUUUCCGAGGAGGAGACGAUUGAGAGAGCCGUCGCCUGCGCAAAGUACGCCCGCUCCAUCACAAAGGACGACCCGGAGCAAGCUGGCACCGAAUGGGCCUUCGAGUUCAGCCCGGAGACCUUUUCCGACACCAACCCUGACUAUGUCAUCCGCGUCUGCGAAGCCGUCAAGGCCGCCUGGGGACCUUCGGAACAGAACCCCAUCAUCUUCAACCUGCCUGCGACCGUCGAGAUGGCCACACCAAAUGUCUACGCCGAUCAGAUCGAGUACUUCUGCACACACAUCACCGAGCGCGAGAAGAUCUGCGUCUCUCUCCACCCGCACAAUGACCGCGGCUGUGCCGUUGCGGCCGCCGAGCUCGCCCAGAUGGCCGGCGCCGACAGAGUAGAGGGCUGCUUGUUCGGCAACGGCGAACGUACUGGAAACGUCGACCUCGUCACCUUGGGCCUCAACCUUUACACUCAGGGCAUUCACCCCAACAUCGACUUCUCAGAUCUCACGCGUGUCAUCGACACGGUAGAAGUAUGUAACAAGAUUCCCGUGCACCCCAGAGCGCCAUACGGUGGCUCUUUGGUGGUCUGCGCCUUCAGCGGCUCUCACCAGGACGCCAUCAAGAAGGGUUUCCAGAUGCGCGAGGCCGAAGGCAAGAAGUCCGAAGACCACUGGCAGCUUCCCUACCUCCCCUUGGACCCCCAGGACAUUGGCCGCACCUACGAGGCUAUCAUCCGUGUCAACUCGCAGAGCGGCAAGGGCGGUACCGCCUGGAUCAUUCUCCGCAAGCUCGAGCUCGACUUGCCUCGUGGCCUGCAAGUCGCCUUCAGCAAGGUCAUCCAAAAGCAGGCCGAUGAGCUCGGACGUGAGCUCCUGUCGGACGAGAUCACGGACCUCUUCGAGAAGACGUACUUCCUGCGCGCCAGCCCGCGGUUCGAGCUGGUCGACUACACCAUCUCCGUAGACCGCUCUGCAUCGCCGGCGCCACCCGCGCCUGGCAAGACCCAGGACACCAAGAACCUGGGCCGUGUCUUCGACGGCGUUGUCUCUAUGGACGGCAACGAGUACAAGCUGCACGGCCGCGGCAACGGUCCCAUUUCGGCGCUCGUCGACGCUCUGCGCCGCCUCAACAUCGACCUCGACGUUGCCGACUACAAGGAGCACGCCAUCCGCGGCAACCAGGACGGCAAGUCCACCGUCAAGGCGGCGACCUACAUUGAGUGCACGAUCGGUGGCACUUCGCAGAAGAUCUGGGGUGUGGGCAUCCACGAAGAUGUUGUCCAGAGUUCCUUGAUUGCUCUCUUGGGUGCUGCUAGCAAUGUAAGUCUUUCUUGCUCGAGAAGUCUUGUCAGGAAAAGGAUAUGGACCAGGAAGCUAAUUAAUGCGUCUUGUCACUCUACAGCUCGUUCGUAGCAGACCUGGGAGCCCGAUUCUGCCCAAGCCCAUCCCGCAGCGAUCUUUGGAGGGCGAGCCUGAGGUCAGCCUUGAUGCACCUACGACAAACACUGCGGGGUCGGCUUCUGUUGUGGUCAGCAACUUGGAGGCCAAGGUCAAUGGGCAUUGAAGACUUUGAGCUGAUGGAGUUGGGUGCGAGUGUGUAUUUUGGUGAAUUCCAGCUCAGGAUAGUGAUGGGAGAGGAUAGUAAAAAAAAA